AUGGUUCUGGCGGAGGUUUCGCCGUCCGGGGACGGCGGGGUGGCCGCGGGGGCUGAGACGGAGGUCGCGCGCAUCUUCGAGAUCCUCGAGGAAAAGCGGGGCGGGAAGUCCCUUGUCACAGCAUUUGGAGACGAACAGCUGGCUGUUGUCGCCGAGGCUAUGGUUGGUGACGGGACGAGCGCCGCGGAUUUGCGGGAGAACAUGCUCGGCGACGCGAGCAUGGUCGACGUCUUCUCGCCGGACUUUGCGAGAGCCAUAGGCAGGGACACGCUGCCGCCCAGUCGGCAGGCAGUCCUCCGGGCGUGGUGGCUUGGGGCCGCCCAGGCUGGAGGCACCCUGCAGGUGGCCCGAUCGGCGAGCGCCCCGGCGGGGCGCGUCGCGUCGGCUCCUGCGGCAGAGGAGGAGUCCGCCCUGACCGAGGCACAGGUCGCCGAGCUGGCCAAGCAGAAUCUCACCUCGGCAGGCGCGCUCGCACUUAGCGUCUCCCUCCACACUGGGUACGUAGUCACAGCCAGUGACCUGGCGAGCGGGGGACCGGCCUUCGAGGGCGCAGUCUACUCCCGGAACCCGUCGACAGUCAAGUGCGUGCGGCAGACCAAAGACGACCCGGGCAGCCUCCACCAUGCCCUCAAGUCUGGCGAGCGGAGCCAGUUCUUCACCUACAUCCAGCGGUUUUUCCGCAAGUACCCGGGGCGCGGCCUGCCGGAGCUGCCGCUCGACCGCAUCCUUCGCGACGACGUCUACCGCGAACAUGAGAAGGGAGUCGAGUCGUUCAAGAAGGACCUGGCCGAGCUCGCCAAGCGCGUCACCAAGGCGGAGGCGGCUUCGGCGGAGGCCCAGCGGGCGGCCGAGGAGGCGAAGCGGUCGGGCAAGUCCAAGAACAAGACCUGCUUCCACUGCGGCGAGGAGGGGCACCUCAAACCUGAUUGCCCCGCCCUUCUCGCUGGGGAGCCGAAGGUCAAGAAGGGCAACUGA